AUGCUUCCACAAAUAGUUCUCUCUCUUUUCUGCUCAUUUUUAUCCUUUCAUCUUGUACUUUCUCGUUCUCUACUAUCACAAAGUUAUCAAGUACUCGAAGUCUCCGCCACAUUGCAGCAAGCAGUUGAAGUCCUUUCUGCAGAGAGUAAAACUUCCGAAUAUGGACAACUCGUUACUUCAUCUUCAUCGUCACCGUCACCGUCACCCUCUUCUUUCUCACUCUCUCUCCACCCUCGAUCCUCUUUGCUAAAAUCUAUUCACAACCAUAAUUACACGUCCCUCACUCUCUCCCGACUAGCUCGGGACUCAUCCCGCGUCAAUUCCCUCAACUCUCACCACCAGCUCACCCUCUCCGGCUUCUCACGCUCGGAUUUCAAGCCGGUCUAUGACACUGUCGUCCAACCCGAAGAUCUCCAGUCCCCCGUGACCUCGGGAACAAGACAAGGCAGCGGAGAGUACUUCACCCGGAUCGGGGUUGGCCAACCCGUUAAGGAAUUCUACAUGGUAAUUGACACUGGCAGUGACAUCAGCUGGCUCCAGUGUGAGCCAUGCCACGACUGCUACCAGCAAAUUGACCCGGUAUUCAAUCCGUCGGGUUCCUCUACCUACAAGGCCCUCACAUGUCAGGCACCGCAGUGCACGAGUCUUGAAGUCUCGGCCUGUCGUACCGAUACAUGCCUUUAUCAGGUGUCCUACGGGGACGGGUCAUAUACUGUAGGGGACUUCGUCACUGAAACAGUGUCAUUUGGGAGCUCGGGAUCUGUCCCUAACGUGGCGCUCGGAUGUGGCCAUGAAAACGAAGGUUUGUUCAUCGGCGCUGCUGGUUUGCUGGGCCUUGGCGGCGGCUCCUUGUCUUUACCUUCUCAAAUCAAAGCCACUUCCUUUUCAUACUGUUUAGUAGACAGGGACGCCAAUUCAGCUUCGACUCUAGAGUUUAACUCGGCCAGACCCGGCGACUCAGUACUCGCGCCGCUGCUCACGAAUUCGAGAAUCGGCACAUUUUUCUACGUGGGCCUCACCGGACUGAGCGUCGGCGGACAGAUGCUGCAAAUCCCAACAUCCACUUUCGAGAUUGACAGGAACGGAAGGGGUGGGAUCAUUGUAGACUCCGGUACGGCGGUGACUCGGUUGCAGACGGAGGCGUACAACGCACUGCGAGACACAUUCGUUAAACUGAGUCAGCACUUGCCCUCAUCCAGCAGCUUCUCGUUGUUCGACACGUGUUACGACUUAUCUUCAAUGACAAAAGUGAGUGUGCCGACGGUGGCGUUCCAUUUUUCUGGCGGAAAAACGCUGCAAUUGCAUCCUAAUAAUUACUUAAUUCCGGUGGAUUCCGGCGGAAAGUUCUGCCUUGCUUUUGCUGCGAAUUCAGGUUCACUGUCUAUCAUCGGUAAUAUUCAACAGCAGGGGACACGUGUAAGUUACGAUCUGGCUAAUAAAGUUGUUGGAUUCAGCCCAAAUAAAUGUUAA